AUGCUCAUUGGAAUCUGCGGGGGCAUUUGCUCCGGCAAAAACACGGUUGCUCAAUAUCUCGUCGAGCACCAUGGCUUCAAGCGUCUCUUCCUCUCGGCACCCAAGAGGGACAAUCGGCGGAUCGAUGACGGUGACGAGGAGGAGGACGCUUCUUCCGCGCAUCCGAGCACGUCCGAGCCGUCCGAGCCGCCGCACGAUGCCGCCUCUUCCGCCGCCUUGAACGCGAGUGCUCCCAUCGCCACCAACGGGCAUCCCUCGUCUUCAUCGGAUGCAUCGUCGGCUCCGCGGCCUCGUGCGGAAACCGACGCCUUCGCCACGCCCGAGGACCUUCUCGACCACGUCACCCUACGCUGGCAAAGUCGCUUCGUAACCACAGACAUCCCCACCGAGGCUGUUCUCGACGUCUUUCUGCGGCGUCCGUUCUUCCUGCUCUUGUCCGUUGACGCUCCACUUACCGUCAGGUGGCGACGGUUCCAGCUGCGCGCCAGGCACGCCGGCAGACAGGUCAUGAGUCUCGACGACUUUGUCUCUCGUAGCGAUGCUCACCUGUACGACCCGCACGGAGGCUUCCAACCACUCAUCUCGCGAGCUACCGUCAGGCUGCUCAACACGUCGUCUUCCCUCCCGCAUCUGUACGCUUCGCUGGGCAAGCUCGACAUUCCUAAUCCCAAUCGCCUGCGUCCGGGAUGGGACACGUAUUUCAUGGCUCUGGCAUCUCUUGCCGCCCAACGCUCCAACUGCAUGAAGCGUCGCGUUGGCUGCGUCCUCGUCGGCAAGGAGCGCCGUGUCAUCAGCACAGGAUACAACGGCACCCCUCGUGGGAUCCGCAACUGCGCCGACGGAGGCUGUCCCCGCUGCAACGACGGCAACGGCUCAGGCGUUGGGCUUGCCACCUGCCUGUGUAUCCAUGCGGAGGAGAACGCCCUGCUGGAAGCGGGUAGGGAGCGAAUCAGAGACGGAUCUGUGCUUUACUGCGAUACGUGUCCGUGCUUGACUUGCAGCAUCAAGAUCUGCCAGCUGGGCAUCAGCGAGGUCGUUUACACCCACGAGUAUAGCAUGGACAAGGAGGCUGCGCUUGUCUUUAGCCAGGCUGGCGUCACGUUGCGGCGGUUUAUCCCUCCGCCAAAUGGACUUGUGCAUCUGGAGAAGAUGGAGCUGUACUGA